GCGCGACAACGCGAUCGCAAACCACGUUACGCGACAGUACAGACUCGGUCUUUCUCGAAAAUGGCGCCAGUACAAAGUGAAGACGCUUCUUUAUUUCACAUCGAGCGCAUAUCGCAAUACGUCUGCAUCCCACCCUCAUGUCUCGCGGAUCCCUUCUCGGCAGUAUGCGCAACGGUACUAUCACCACUGCUCCUCACGUAUUUCCCACCUGCAAAGGGUGUGGUUCUCGCAUACGAAGAUGUAGACUUGCAGAGUUCGCCACCAGCUGAAUCGGCAUCGAAAUCCAAGAACAAGUCACAGUCGCAACAACAGAGCGAAUCCAGUUCCAACGAUAACGUGCCUGCUGAGCCGUUACUACUCAGGCAUGUCGAUGAAUACGCAGCGCCAUUUCUUUGGGUCACGGCCUCUUUCGUCGUGUGGCGCCCGACCCGAAAUGCAUACCUUACCGCGCACAUCACCGACCAAGCGAAGACACAUCUCACACUCGCACACCUCAACACUUUCCCCGUUAGCAUACUCAGGGAAUGUCUGCCCUCAGACUGGUCGUGGCAUUCGGAAGAAUCCGGUCAAGUGAAGCAGAGCUGGGAUGGUAAACUGUCGGACGAGGGAGGCUGGUGGGUGAACGGCGACGGUGAAAAGGUGGAAGGAGAGCUACGAGUGAGGAUACGAGACGUUGAGGGCAGAAUGGACGGAAAAGGAAAGGGCAAGGGUUUCUUGCGCGUUGAUGGAGCGCUGGUUUCUGAGGAGGAGAUCAAAGCGGCACAACAGAAGGCUGGCAAGGGGAAGAGGAAAGCUACUACGAGCGCGAUGAAGGCACAGCCACCGAAGCAGGCAGAGGGAGAAGUCAUGGAGAUCGAUUCGUACUAGGUGUUGGGCGAUGGGACACUUUACAUGCGUCUAUUUCGUCGCAAACUUUGCAAGAUGCGCGACAAGUCAUUGCAUUAGGACGGCGUUAUGGCGUUAUCGAACAAACAGGAUGCGAAUUCCAGCAUCUACGAUACCACCACAGACAAAUAUAACACCCUUCAUCAACGCUCCACUUCCCGUCUUUAUGAGCACAGACCAAUCAGACAACGCACACCUCCGUCGCCCGCCGCACCAAACCGCGGUAUCCCCCAUCAA